AUGGCGUCAGACGAUUCAAGCAGCCCGACAGUCAACACAGACUUCCAGACAAGUCCAGAUACGACUAUCGUUACCCCACCCGAUGUCUUACAGCUAGGCGUAGAAGAAAGUCUGUCUCCAACAUCGGCUUUGGAAAACAGUUAUUCUACUUCGAUCGAUUCUGCGUUUGCCUUCUCCGAAGACCUCGACGACACCGGCAGCUAUGAUAUCGGUUACGAGGACUCACAGCGUUUUGAGGACGGGUUCAAAUUUAUGGAGGAUCCGGGUUGUCAGAAAGCAGUCGAAGUCCACCUCCCGCUCUCUCUUGCGACUAUAGAACAGAGUUAUCAGCAGCCGGCGGAUGAUUCCUUUUUCAGCGCCAGUUUCGACGUAUCUUGGAAUGAGCCAUCCUGGUCAACUACACCGCCGCCGUUGCUGGACCUGCUGCCGCCGACUGGUCGUACCAUACCUGAUUUUCCGGAGAAUACCGGCUUGUUAGAUCACUACUCCAAGGCUAUGCUCCCGACAAUGGGGUUUGUGGAUGGUGCCGCAAACCCUUUUAGGCAACAUAUUCUUCCCCUUUCCCAUAGGAGUUCCGCUGUUCGAAGUGCGAUUUACGCGUUAGCCAGCGCACACCGUGAAUAUGCUGGUCUUGAGACCACGGAGGGAUCUGCGUGUUUUCAUGAAAGAGCCGUGGCUGGCCUUUCCGCGAUCAUCGAGGAUGGAGAUGGAUUUGAAGAAGCUCUGGCGACAAUAAUUCUACUGAUACAGUACGAUUUGGUGAGGGAUUUCAUGUUUACGGCUCAAACCUCGAGCAUCGACUUACUAGCAACGCAGGUGUUACAGCGGAGCUCGGACAAAGUGGUGUAUAAUCAUCUCCAAGGCGCACGCCACAUCAUGUGUGCCAUGCCAUUACCGAAGCCUGCGAGUGUGGUGUUCUUCGAACAGGUUUUCCGCUACUUUGACGUGCUCAAUGCCUUGACCAACGGCACUUCUCCCGUCUUCGCAGCUCCCUCAAGUCGAGCCUGCUCACCAAGUACCCUGCCACCAGCCGUAAUCUCUGGCGGGAUCGAUCCCGUAUUGGGCAUGGCCGAUGAUCUUUGGCCCACUCUACACCGUCUUGCAGAGCUCAUGGCGAUGAAACGCGAGCUUCAAGCCGCUACAGCGAUGGGGCAAUCCUCCAAAUUCGCCGUCCUCCGUACUGAAUACCAAACGGCAUACAAAGCAAUAGAGAAAGCCCUAGAGUCCUGGAGCCCGACGUUGCCACCAGGCUUUUCUCUGGUUAACCGCAUCGUUGACGGCCCCGGAAGCGCAUCCGAGGCGGAGCUUACCAACAUCAGGUGGAUCACAAGUACAGCACUCGCAUAUAGACAGAGCGCUCUGGUCUUCCUUCACAGCAACGUCUCGGAGUACCCUUCAUCACAUCGCCUGGUACAGAAACACACGCAGGCCGCUCUGUGGCACUGUGCGGCAUCAGUGUCUCAUGGCGGAGCAGGACUCUCCAUGCUGUGGCCACUCUUCUUCUCUGCUUGUCAUGCCAUAUGCAGCAGGGACCGAGGCUUAGUGCGUCAGGCGUUCACGGCCUUUGGCGGCAAGAAGGGUGUGGUUGACACGGAAAAGCCGUGGGCUGUUGUCAUGGACGUGUGGAGAAGGAUGGACAUGCGAGCAUAUGGCAAGGAGCAAGUGGGUUCUGAGGCCUGUCCAGAGUUGUGGAGGCAAGUGGCGGCAAGCAUGAAGUUUGGCCUUGUGUUUGGCUGA